AGGAGGGCCUGGAGACCUAGAUUCCUGGGUCCACAGGAAGCAGGAUGAGGCCAGGGCCCAAAGGUCUGAUCACCAAGAGGGAAGGAAACCAGAAAUCUGAGGGUUGCCAUGUGGAAGACACAGCAGAAUGGUCUGGGCAGAGGAAACAAUUGCUUUCGGGGAAGCCUCAUCGGAUGAGAUGUCAACACCAAGGUCUCCCUUCCCACCCACCCUGAGCCUGCCCACCGGGGAAUUCCAGCAGCUGUCCAGAGGAAGGGAGAGGGGAAGGCAAGUGAGGGCGAGGAGGCCGGGUCAGCAAGGCCCUACAUCCAGCAGCAUAAGGACGGAAACUACUCCCAGCACAGAGUCUGACCCGUGGGCCUGGAUUCUGAGGUCCCAGAGGAGCCCCCAGGCCCAGGACUCGGGAGCGCCAGAGGGAGCAGGUUCAGGACAGGUUCCUCACUGGAGAAAGAGAAAGAGAGAGAAAGAGAGAGGUUCGUGGCUCUCUACUUGCCCUGCAGAGCCCGGCAUGUGGGGCUACCUGUCCCUGCUGCCUGCUUUCCUGGCCGUCUGGGCUAUCACUGGAGUCUGGACUGUUUUUGCCCUUGCAGUGGCCAACAGGGCUGUGAACCUCACCGAGGGUUUCCCCUAUAUCAGCCUCUGUGGAUCUUACCCCCCUCAGAGCUGCAUCUUCAGCCAGCUGCUCAACAUGGGAGCUGCUAUGGCCGCCUGGAUCUGCAUUAUCCGUUACCACCAGCUCCGGGACUUGGGGGCCGGAAAGUGGUUUAACCUGCUGAUCCUGUGGACCGGACUCCUGUGUGCCCUGGGCACCUCCGUGGUGGGCAAUUUCCAGCAAAAGAACCAGCUGCCCACGCACCUGACAGGGGCCUUCUUCGCCUUCUUCGUGGGCAACCUGUACUUCUGGAUGCAGCAUUUACUCUUCUGGUGGAUGAAGAGCCUGCCCCAGCCUGGGCCUCCCUGGAUCGGGCCACUCCGCCUGGGCCUCUGCAGCCUCUGCACCAUCCUCAUGGUGACCAUGGUCAUCCUCCACUCCUGGCUGCUGCGCUCGGCCUCCGCCGCCUGCGAGUGGGCCGUGGCCAUGCUGCUGUUCACGCUCUUUGGCCUGUUUGCUGUGGACUUCUCCGGCCUGGACGGCUGCACCCUGACUCUCCGGCCGGGCCCCAGCCUCAGCUCUCCACCCGCCUCCCCCCUCUCCCUGCAGAUCCCCCUGUGAACGGCAGUCCGCUCGGUGUGGUCUGACCCCGGCGCUGCGAUCGAUCGCGGCCACCCGGGAAGUGAGAGGCCAAGGCCAGCCAGCCAUCCCUGCUCAAGGCUAUUUAUUAUUAUUAUUAUUAAUUUUUUUUUUUUUUUUUUUUUUUUUUUUUUGCCGCCGGCGGAAUCAGAGACACGGACGCAGGCAGGGUCACGCGAAACCAGAAUUCCUUCCGGAGAGCAAAUCCGUACAGAAGGUUGUUGAGGGAAGGGGAGAACCGGGGAAGGGGGGGCCCGGGAAGGAGGAGUUGGGGAACACAGGGACAGAUGGCCCUCUCCGUCCGGAUCUGCUAAGCCACCCCAACCAGCUCCCGUCCCUCCCCCACCCCGCCCCGCAGAGAGAUUGAUCAAUAAAUAAAAUAAUAAAUUAAUCAAUAAAUAAAAUAGAAACAGCUCCCCCCCCUCAGUCCCCCCUAGAACCACCCCCCAUUGGGCACGGCCCCCUGAGCCCCAUCCCUGCGGGGCAAGGCCGGGUUUGUUGUAUCUCUCCCCUCCCUACAUACUCCUUGGGCCCUAUUUACAGAUUCACAGUUGGGGGGCAGGGAAGGGGGGUGGAGGGGGCUCCCCUCCUUCCCCGGCCCCCUGGGGUCAGGGCAGAGGAGUCCCGUUGGUGGCCAGGAGCUUCUUGUCCUUAGCGGGGCCUCGGCGGGGAGAGCUGCUCAGCUCUGGGUCUGGGCGGCCAGGCGGGGGCUGCAGGCUUCUGGGUGAGGUACCAGCAGGCCGAGUCUGGGCCCCGUUCUUCUCGUCUGUGGAGGAGGAAGCAGUCUGGCCUCAGUACCCUCACGGCUGCCAACCCCCAAGGAACAUGUUCCGGCAGCCGCACGGGGCUGGAAGCCUGGGGAGACGGUUGCCGGGAGGACACAUCUGCAGCCGGACCUGGCGAGAUCAGGACGGCAGGUCACACAUCCUGGGCCCCUCCAAGCUGUGUGACUGUGGGAACUGGGCCAAAUGAGUCCCAGUGAGAGCCGGCGGCCCACCCUCAGGAGGUGUCCUCACAGACUCUGGCUAGGACGCUAUUCGCUAAGGGACAGCCUGUCGCAGCAGCAGCAGCUCAGAUUUGGGGAUGACAGCCAGAGGUCCCCUUUCCUUCCUCCCAACCCUGGUUGUUAGGGAGGACGCUCCUUGGCAAUAGGGCCCGGGGGAACCUACGUGGGCCAUUUGGGGGUCUGAACAAACCCGGAUGGUAGAUUCCCCUUCUCCAGAACACACUUCCAGAACUUCUGGCAGCAGAAAGUUCCACUACGCCCGACAAUGAGACUACUCAUCCUCUUGGGGACCCCUGGAGGUGCCCUCCCUAGCAACGAGGCCUUCUCGGUCAGGAUGGCCAGGUUCCCUGGAUGGAGCUCAGGCCCCAGCCUCUCGGAGGCCCCGCCCACAAACCGGAGCCCUGGGGGGCACUCGUUCAGCAGGGGGUCUCCCCUCCAGCCCACAGGAUCAAAGAGGGAGACAUUGCAGCCCCCACCCCCCCACACCUGCCAGGGCCUGCACGGAGGGCUGGUCGUGAGUACUCAGCAGCUGUGCCUGGAUGGUCUCCACAACUCGCUUGAACCGACGGCUGGGACCUGGAAGGGGUAUGGAGACAGACUGACUCGGGGACCGACCGGGACAAGGAAGGCCCUCCCACCCUGUGGAACCCAGCAAAGGACUCUUCUCUCGGUCUCAACUUCCCCGCCCUGUGUUGGGCAUAAAACUAAACUUCGGUCUGCAAAGGGGACUAAGAAAGGUCUGAGUUGAAAUAAUGAUGGGUGCCGUUUUCCACUUAAAUAGGUCCUGUUCCUUGUUAGUUUCAAGGUGAGGUCAUGUAGAGCCAGAAAUGCAAGAAAAGAAACAGGAAGUAAAAUAAAAUCUUAAAAUCGA